AUGGCAGAGAAUUCUGGAGCAACCUCCGAGGGCCCCGGGAGACGUCCCGGGGCAGACUGCGCCGACUUCAGACAAUGGGCAUGGCAGAAGAGACUCCAGCCCAUGAUAGCACACGUAGAACAGUUUAUGAGUGGAAUGUGUCGCUGGAGACGGAAGAAUCCCAACACCAUGGGAAUCUGGGGAGCGCACGUCCAGCACUCUAACAUCCAUGGGAAUGGAGAAGGGCUGAGUGGGGAUGUUCAGCUCGGAAGCCAGUGUGGCAUCCUGAAAGCUCUCAUCGCCCCCCCGAGUCAAACCCAGAGAGAUUUGGACUGGUUCCCCCACAGCAGAAUGACAUGGAAAGGGGUGCGAGACCAAGCAGGAGCAGCAGGACCUCAGCAUUUUGACACUUUAUUACAAAUGGAGAAAUAUGAAGAUGUUCAGUACUGUUUUCAAGACGGAAACUCUUCUUGCAGAAAGGCUUUGCUAUCGUCAUCUAUCUAUAUAACACUGUACAACUUCUUCUCAUUGAUUUCAGCAGUUACAGUAUUUUUGAACCUACUGGUGAUCAUCUCCAUCUCUCACUUCAAGCAGCUCCACACUACAACCAACCUGCUCAUCCUCUCCCUGGCUGUGUCAGAUCUCCUGGUGGGACUGAUUGCUAUACCAGUAACGACUGUAGCAAUAAUGGAACCAUGCUGGCGUUUUGGGGAAUAUUUCUGUGUGUUUCAUAUCUACAUAGAUUUUUUGUUUACUUCUUUAUCUCUGGGCAAUAUGGUCUUGAUAUCUAUUGACCGUUAUGUUGCUGUGUGUGAUCCCUUAUUGUACCACUCUAAAAUAACAAUAACAAGAAUCAUGUGUUGUAUAUUCAUUACCUGGUGUUGUUGUAUCAUAUACCGUGCUGCUAUUAUAAAAAACUUUGUAAAUGUACAGGUGCCGAGUAGGUGUUUGACAGAAUGUUUUCUUUUUGAAGAAAUAACCUGGGGUAAUAUCAUUGACGUUGUAUUUACAAUGGUUGUCCCGUGCUCUGUUAUUAUAACACUUUAUUUGAAAAUCUUUGUGGUGGCCAGAUCACAGGCCAGAAAGCUAUUUUCAAAAGAGUCUGUCAGUGUGUCUGGUGUUAAAACUGUACAGGCAAAUAAGUCUGAGAGAAAAGCAGCAAAAACUCUUUCUAUUGUUGUUUUCAACUAUUUCAUUUGUUGGAUUCCAUCUCUAUGUUCUUCUUUCUUUCAUUUGUCUUUUUUUAGCGACAAUUUAUCAUUCAUCAUUGGUUUUCUACCACUUGUUAAUUCCUUAAUUAAUCCAAUAAUUUAUGCUUUCUUUUAUCCUUGGUUCAAAGUGACAGCUAAACAUAUUUUAACUCUGAAGAUAAGGCGUUCAUAGUUCCUAUGUUUUUAUUCCCCAGUUUGAUUAACAGGUUUAAUAAUAUAGUUUUGUAAGACCAUUGUUCUAAUUGCUUCUUUCAUGUAACAAUAGACUGAUAUGACUCAUCAGAUACAUGUGGUGUUGAUUCAGUAUCAUUUGUAUGGAUUGGAAUGGAAUGACUUGGAGAAGGCAACGGAAGGAUUAAGCUUGUGUUAUAAAAAACAAUUUAGACAUUGUGGAUUGUAUAUUCCAAAUACCAAAGUCUGGUGUUGUUCCAUGUUAUUUAAUGAUAAACAGUAUGUAACUAUUCUAAAAGUACAUUUUGAGAACGUCAUGAGUCAUUUUGUAGGUUUAACAUCACCCUCUAGUGACUCAAUUGGGACACAAUGCCUUCAACAAGUGCAGUAAAAUGUGAAUGUACAAUAUGCAUGAUAUCAGAUAACAUCCACGUAUAUCUCAAUGGUGUAUUGUGGAAGUAGUUGAUGGUCAAACUUAAGAAUAUGCAAUUAUGGGUAACACUAUAAAAUGUUCAGUAAUAAACCAUUUGUUAGGAAUUUACAGUUUGCUCACCA